AAGGACAGGAAAAAAAAUCCAAAUCACGGAAGAGAUUCUGCAGUACGAGUUUGUCAAGUCCGCAGGGCGCAAAGCAAAAGCGGUAGAAAGAGCACAUUUGCGCACAUUUCGUGUCCCGCAGACGGUGAUCGGAGAGGAAUAAGGAGUCAUGGAAACGGCCAUUCAGACGGUGGUGAAGGUCUUCCUCAAGUCGGCCAAAGGAAAAGAGAGCGUAGGAAAGAAAGAUUUCCAAAACCUCGUCUCUUCCCAGCUCGGCAACAUCCUUUCGGGUGCAGACAGCAAGGACGCAGUCAACAACAUGUGUCAGGGACUAGACGCCAAUUCAGACGGCAGGGUCGGCUUUGAGGAGUACAUGAAGCUCGUCGGCUACCUGGCGUGUUCACUCAGCGAGCAGCGUGUCCUCAGCAAAGAGGAGCCUGCGCAGAACGCCGCAACUGGACAGGUUGCCCAAAGCGCUCCCAACAACAAUGGGGAGCCACCCAAAGAAAAUGCAGAGGCGAAGGACGAGGCAAAGCCCGAGGUGAACGACGACGCCAAGCAAGAGGCGAAAGCAGAUGCCAAGGUGGAGGUAAAGGCUGAAGCAAAGGCCGAGAAACCAGAGGCAGCUAAGGAAGAAGAAGCGGCGGCAGCAGCCGAGGUGAAGGCCGAAAAGGAGCCAGAGAAGCUGGAGGAAACGGUAAAGGCGGAGGGAGCCGCAGAGAAGUCGCCUGCGGCUGCUGAGGAAGAAGGGAAGACAGCCGAGGCCACAUCGUAGGGGACAACAAAAACACACUACAACUUGAGAAUGAUGCCAAAACAAGUUGGAAAACCACUAUUUUUAUAUCUAAUAAAAUACAAAUAUAUGUUGAAAGUCUUAACACUACAAUCAGCUAUUAAAAAAAACACUAUUCUUUUUAUAUAUAAUUAUGUAAAUGACGUUUGUGCUGCCAGUUACCACUAUGUUAAUAUGUACAGCAUGUGCAUCCCAACAUUUAGCACGUUUACCUCAUUCUGAUCAUUGACUAUGUUAGCAUGCACUUGUACUCUGUCGUACAUGCAGCUGUGAACGCUUCCCUGUAAACUAGCAUUCGCCUGGAAACUUGACUGAAGUAUCGUAACACGCCACUACAUUCCUGUUGUAUGUUCUCUUUGUUGUUCCCACCGUUCUGUCUCGUCCAUCCAAAUAUUUACGGGAAUAAUUAACAAGAUAGCGGUAUUUUUUCUUCUCCUUCAAACUCAAAAUGUCUUUUUUUUUUUUUUU